AUGGAAAAGAGGCAUCGAGAAUUGAUCGUAUCCAACCGAGUGAAACUCGUCCGCGAAAUGUUCACCGACAGAAUAGUAAGCAAGAUGCGUGGCGGACUCCUGAACGAGUCAGACAUCGAAGACAUCACGUCUGAAGAGUCGGCCAGAGAAAAGGCGGAAGCUCUGCUCUCCAUUCUCCCAAGAAAAGGCCCUAAGGCAUUCGUAGCCUUUGUCAAAGCACUCCAAGAGGUACAAGGCUAUUUGUCAGAGCCGUUUUUGGAAGAAGCAGGUCUGCCAGACAUCAAGGAAGUAGAUUACUUUAAUGACGAUGCCGUUGUGGAGAUGACGGAGAACACUUGUGUUAAGAACUUGCCUGCCAACGUUCAUUCAAGACUAUGUGUACUUCUCAAUGAAGACAACGUAUUCGGUGACAACUGGGAGAGGGUAUAUAGAGAUGUCGGUCUGCCGAUUGACCGGAUAGAUAAAGUUAGAUGCCAGUCGAACCCAACAGACUGCACGUUGACUCUCUGGCAUGGCCGAAUGGGAAGUAAAGCGUCAUUAGGUUCGUUAAUAUCAAUACUACGGGACAUACCGAGAACGGAUGUAGUCGAGAUGCUCGAGAAGGCCAUGCAUGCAUGCAAUAUAAAGGCUUAGAU